UACUAUCUACGUAUAUAAAAGAAUGUUUUAGUAUAACAUGUUGAUUAAUAUUUAAUACAACACAUGUAAUAUUAAAAAAUAAUUUUUUUCAAUCAAUUUAACUUACCAAGUAAUAAUGAUCAGUCAAUUUAUUUUUAUAUUAUUAUUUUACAACAGUGUAAAUGUCAAUUUUUUUGUUUUUGGAUACAACUCUGAUUAUCAUGAUAUUGUCGAGAGACAAAGUAAUAAUUUACAGGACAUAUUAGGUCUUAGAAAUCAUGUUUUGGAGCAAGACAACAUCAACACUCGUCCUUAUUAUAGCAAUGAUAAGACAGAAUACCAGAAAAAUAAUAUAAGAAAUGUUGACAAUCCACUGAAAUAUGAACUGGAUAAUUGGACUGGCAGAUGGAUGCCUGAUAAAGUUAGUCCUAACACUGACAAGAACAAAAAUAUAAAAAACUUGGAUGGUCCGCUGAAACCCGAAUUGGAUAAUUGGACAGGUAGAUGGAUGCCUGAUAAAUAUUCCGAGGUGAUUCCGAUUCCUGUUGCUGAUUCUGAUAAUAAUCAUCUUUUAGAUCAUAAUAUACAAAUGGGAAAAAUUCCUAAAUGUGAUGACGGAAAAAAUUUUCUGGAAGUCGACUGGGAUGGUUCACCGAUAAAUUACACAUGUUUCAGUAGAAAAAUAAUUCCUAGUAAUGAGAUACACCCUGAAUUGUAUUGUGAGAAAAUACCCAAGUUAUACAGUGCUCGUCAUGCAUGUAUGAACGAAUCUAUAGAUUAUUAUGACAAAAUUCCUAUGUAUGGAACCCAUCGUCCAGUUUGGCCAGUUUAUGGUGAAUAUAAAUUUGUACCAAAGCAGCGAUGGCUUCAUAGUCUUGAACAUGGAGCAAUCGUAAUGCUUUAUCAUCCAUGUGCCAACAAAAAUCAAAUUAAUUUAUUAAGAAAACUAGUAACUCAGUGUUUACGAAGACAUAUUAUAACACCAUAUGCUGAAUUAGAUGAAGCGCGGCCUUUCGCAUUAGUCACGUGGGGUUGUCGAUUAACAAUGUCAACCAUAAAUCCUUACAUUGUUAGAAAUUUUAUUCUCACCAAAGCUCUUCACGGAGCUGAAACUACUCCAAAAGAUGGCGAAUUUAAUGAAGGAUUAAUACAGAAAGCUAAAAUAGUAUCAGAUGAAAAUGAUUCCAAGUUAUGCCCAUUAGACUCUAGUAUAGUAAUGAUGUAAUUGCUUAAUAAUGUUCAUCGACAUUAUUUAUAUUGUCAUUACUACUAAAACUCAAUAAUUGUUCGUUAAUUUACAAACUUAUCCGCUAAUAUUCCAUUAAGUUAAUUAACAUUAAAACUUUAUGAUAGCUUUUAUUUUUAUGUAAAUAUUU